UGAGGAAAUGUUGAAUGUUGCUUGCUGCUGCUGCUUGCAUGUCGAGCGAGUUGAGUGGUCGCGGUGAAAUAAAAUGAUCGUGUAGUUGCCAAGUCCGUUAAUUGGCUCGAGGCACACGCACUCUGCGUUGGCCAACACACAUCUCCGGAACGCGUCCCCUAACAAGUUAUUUGUUUAAACAUCCACUUAAAAAAACUCAUCAGAGUGUUAACGGAAUAGCGAAACAGCCUUCAAAAAGUACAGACGUGUGUACAAAAGUAAUUUUAAAUAUUUAAACAUUUUCUUUCCUGUUUAAACAUAAUUAUAAAUUAAACAUUCGAGAUGGUAAUUGAGAAAAUUUGCUGCCUCGGCGCUGGCUACGUGGGAGGACCGACGUGUAGUGUUAUUGCUUUAAAAUGCCCAAACAUAAAAGUAACCGUUUGCGACAAGAGUACGGAACGUAUUAACCAGUGGAACUCUGACAAACUACCGAUCUACGAGCCUGGAUUAGACGAAGUGGUCAAACAAUGUCGAGGUAAAAACUUAUUCUUUUCUACGGACAUCGCGAAAAGUAUUCAAGAAGCUGAUUUAAUCUUCAUUUCGGUGAACACACCAACGAAAACCUUUGGUAAUGGUAAAGGAAGAGCUGCAGAUUUGAAGUACAUUGAAGGUGCUGCCAGGAUGAUAGCCGAUUUGGCUACAAGUAACAAAAUUGUGGUAGAAAAAAGCACAGUACCUGUCAAGGCAGCAGAAAUAAUUAUGAAAAUACUCCGUGCUAACACUAAACCUGGAGUAGAGUAUCAGAUUUUGUCUAAUCCUGAGUUUUUAGCUGAGGGCACAGCGAUAGUAGACCUUGUGGAAGCAGAUAGAGUACUAAUCGGUGGGGAAGAUACACCGGAAGGUCAAAAAGCUGUUCAAGAGCUGUGCUGGGUUUACGAACACUGGAUUCCUGCUAAAAAGAUCUUAACAACUAAUACAUGGAGUUCGGAACUAUCUAAACUUGCUGCAAAUGCUUUCCUUGCACAAAGAAUAUCUAGUAUCAACUCUUUGUCUGCUGUCUGUGAAGCUACAGGUGCUGAUGUGUCCGAGGUGGCUCGAGCUGUUGGUAGAGAUUCACGUAUCGGUCCUAAAUUCUUAGAAGCCUCAAUCGGUUUCGGUGGCAGUUGUUUCCAGAAAGAUAUAUUGAAUUUAAUUUAUCUCUGUGAAUGUUUGAAUCUACCUGAAGUGGCUGCAUAUUGGCAGCAAGUAGUCAGCUUAAAUGACUACCAGAAGACAAGAUUCACACGUAAAGUUAUAGAAUCAUUAUUCAACACAGUCACAGACAAGAAGAUUGCUAUCCUAGGUUUCUCUUUUAAGAAGAACACUGGUGAUACUCGUGAAUCACCAGCUAUUUAUGUAUGUAAGACAUUACUUGACGAAGGAGCAAAAUUACAUAUUUAUGACCCUAAAGUUGAGACUGAUCAAAUAUACUAUGAGUUAACAACACCUUAUGUAACUAAUGAGCCAGAGAUUGUCCGUAAAAACAUAGAAAUACAUAAUACAGCAUACUCUGCAGUUUCCGGAGCUCAUGCAUUAGUUCUUUGCACCGAAUGGGAUGAGUUUAAAGAGUUAGAUUUUAAAAAGAUUUAUGAAGUGAUGAUGAAGCCGGCAUACAUCUUUGAUGGACGGAAGAUUUUAGAUCAUGAGCAGCUGAUAAACAUUGGAUUCCAUGUUCAGACAAUUGGGAAGCGGUUGUCAAGGACUGGCAGCAUCAGGGCGCAGGGAAGCCAGACAUUGCCUUAGGAGUAUAUAAGUAAAUAAGUUGGCGAAGAAACAGGAACAAUUUAGUUGUAAGGAUAUAGAAUGUUACUCAAAUCCAGUGGUUGUCACAAGUAAGAAAAAGGACUCGAUAAGUGAUAUUUAACAAAAUAUAUACGUAUGAAAAUGUUGACAAACCCCGAUCUGAUUUUAUCUUUUCCACACAUUUUAAGAAAUAAUUAGAUGGAAAAAAAUCAUAGUGGAUUUAUACGAAAUAGAUAAAUGCCGCCAUUGUGUUUUAUACAGACAAUAAUUGUCAAAAUAGGGCUGUUACUUAAGACCAGUUAUUUUAAGCGGUGACGUGACGACGUUAUAACUGCUAUUUAGCAGUUAUAUGUUAAACCUACUGUUACAAUUCCUAUUUCAUUUUUUUAUUGAGUAAAUGCCUAAUGAAUUAUUUUUUUUUUUUACAAAAUAUCUGGGAUUUUUUUACACCAAUUUCAAUCACUGCCUUUUAUUAAUGAGAACCUUUGACUCUUAAGAAAAAAAAAACAGUAAUCAAUCUUAUUUUAUUAC